ACCAAGCUUAAUGGGCAGCACAUAAAAAGACCAAUGAAUGCAUUUAUGGUGUGGGCAAGAGAUGAAAGAAAGAAGAUAUUGAAAGCCUAUCCGGAUAUGCAUAACUCAAAUAUCAGCAAAAUACUGGGAUUAAAAUGGAAGUCAAUGUCUAGCAAUGAAAAGCAACCAUUUUAUGAAGAACAAUGUCGCUUAAAUAAAUUACAUAUGGACAUACAUCCUGAUUACAGAUACAAG